AUGGAUUUCAACUUCAAAAAGAUUGCAAGCGAUGCCGGAGGAUUCUUCAGCAGAGCCAAACAGGUGAGAAUCACAGGUUGAACAGUGGCAAACCGUGAAAAGCUGUUACAGCUCACCGAGGAAACGUUUCUGAAGGCGGAGCGUACCGAGCUGGACUCGCACUUCGAAAACCUUCUGCAACGCGCCGACAAGACGGAGGAUCACACCCGCCGGCUCCUUUCCGCCAUUGAAGGUUAUUUGCAGCCAAACCCAAGUGAGUAGUAUUUCGAAAUGAAGUGCCCUCGAGCAAAGCGCAAACCAAACGGAAAAACGCCAUCAAUCAUGUAGCGGCUCCCACUCCGUAACGUAUUCAUUGCAGCCGUUCGUAUGGAAGAAGUCUUCUACGAAAAAUUGGAAUUGAAAAAGGAUGGAGUCGUCCGGCAGAACAACCUUGAACAAUUGGCCACCGCGAUGAGUGAGGCGGGCGAGCAAUUUGGAGAGACGACGCCAUACGGUUUGAACGACAAAUGAGAGUCACGUUAAUGUAAUAUUCCUUUAGGCACUGCUCUGAUGAAAGUGGCUCAGACGGAAAGCCGUUUGGGACAGGCGGAAAGAGAGCUCUGCGGACAUGCCGCUACCAACACUUUGCUGCCGAUUCGUCGCUUCCUGGAGGGUGAUAUGAAGACGAUCCAAAAGGAGAGAAAGGUGCUGAACAGCAAGCGUUUGGAUCUGGACGCCUGCAAGAGCCGUCUCAAGAAAGCCAAGACGGUGGACAGCCAAUCAGUGGUGAGUAUGACACACAAACUUCCCUGGUCCUGCAGAAAAACAUUGAGACAUCCUUUCCAGACAAAUAGUAAAACUUCUGGAGGGUUCACUGUUGAGCAGGUUUGUUGAAAGAUGUUGUAAUCAGUUUUAUUGUGACAGUGUAACCAUCCCCCUCGGGCUUGUGUUGAAAUUAACCACAAAAUUAUGCGUUCCGUAACAUGAUUAUGUUCAGGCCGAAGCGGACGUGCGUGUCGCCCAAGCGGAGUUUGAUAAGCAAUCGGAGAUCACGAAGCUGCUUUUGGAAGGCAUUCAAACGGCGCACGUAAGUGUUUCUCCGCAGUCUUCUUUCAAUAAUUCAUGAGUUUGCAGAACAAUCAGCUGAAAUGCCUUCGCGAUUUUGUCGAGGCGCAAAUGUCGUUCUAUGCUCAGGCUCAUCAGCUCAUGGCUGACCUGCAGCGCGAGUUGAGCGGGUAAGAGAGAGAAAGAAUCCAAAUUAGUCUUAUUAGUUUCUAUGUCGCAUGCAGUUUGAACAAGCGGUCCUCAUUUUCUCUGUUGCUGUAGCGGUCCGUGUGAUGUCAUUGUUACAGUUCUCUCACCGAUUCGUCCCUGUACUACGGGAACGCGAGCCGCCACGAGGAAUGAUUCUCCCCGUCCCGCGGAUGCAAUUUUGUAUUAGAAACAGUGAUUGUGAUGCAACAAGCAUAAUAUAUUUUACCUUUCAUAAUUAUUUCGCAACAAUUUCAUAAUUAUUUCGCAACAACUUUUUGUGUCAUCCAUCCCUUCCAUUCGGUAAUUUAACUUUGUAAGAACAACCACAAUGAGAUUAGAUGCAUCAUUAUAUUCAUUUGUCAAGCCAAGUAAACCAAGUAAUUGUAUUCAAAUCUAUCCCCCCGGUCAGCAAUGUCUCGAAUAGUCAUUCAUAUUCUAUGUGCGUAAUUUAUCUUUUGAAUUUAAAAAUUUCCCCCCGCCAGCCGUUGAUCGGCAUUUCAGAUUGUUCUCCGACUAGUCGUCCUUGCUGUGUGUGUUAGUUUGUGUGUAUCGAAUAAACGUUUGUCCGAAUAUUGACUUUGAACCAAGAAAUGACCUUUCAGGACCAUGUCAUUCCGUGGAAGCUCGGCAAUUCUGGUGAACAAUAGCAUGGACCCUCCGAACGGAAGAACAAUGGCGGCUGCUAUUGCGGCGGCAAAGGUUAGCCCAUUGGGGAGCGUAUUUUGCACAUAUGGACGGAAGGCUCUUUCCUCUCUUGGGGCUUUUCAUCCGUUUUCCGUUCGGAUGCUCUUUGAUUGUCUGUUCCUCAUGAGAAUCACUUCCGCGCCUUCAAAAUGAGAUUUUUAUUAUUGCAGCCUAGCCUGCUCCCGGACGACUUGGGAACAAAACAAGCGAAAGUGAUUAUGGACUACGAAGCGGUGCUGCCGCAGGAGAUCAGCGUCAACCAGAAUGAUGUGAGUUUUUCUCUCUUCAAAACGUUUCGAUUUCCGUUUUGGAAACUGAAUACGGCGUGAAAAGUGCUCCCGUGCUGCGUCAUCGGACCAAUAUUUCAGAUUCUCAUCAUCUAUCGCCUUCCCGGAAUGGAUGCUGAGUACGUGAUGGCUGAGAAGGGCGGAAAGCGUGGAAAACUUCCUGUCAGCUACAUUGAACUGCUCUAA